AUGACGACCACCGCGCUGCUGCCGCUGCUGCUGCUGCUACUGCUGCCACGGCCCACCGCCCCCGCGCCGCCCGCCCGCGACCCCUUUGCCCCGCAGCUCGGGGACACGCAGAGCUGCCAGCUGCAGUGCCGCGACCGCGACCCCGGCUCGCGGCCCUCGCAGGCGGGGCCCCCUGGCCCCACCGAGUCGCCUUAUGACAGGGCAGUCCUGGUCAGCGCCUGCGAGAGGGGCUGCCGCCUCUUUUCUAUCUGCCGCUUCGUGGCCAAGAGCUCCAAGCCCAACGCCACCCAGGCCGAGUGUGAAGCAGCCUGCGUGGAGGCUUAUGUGAAGGAGUCAGAGCAACAGGCCUGCAGCGAGGGGUGCUGGAGCCAGCCCCUGGAGCUGGAGGCGGACUCCGAUCCUGAGCUGGAGCAGAAGAGAAAAGUCCUGGAAGCUCCAAGUGGAGUCCUCUCGCUCCUGGAGCUGUUCUCCACCCUCUGCAAUGACUUCAUCAGCUCAGCCCAGGGCUUUGUGUCCUCCACAUGGACAUACUACCUGCAGACAGACAACGGGAAGGUGGUGGUGUUCCAGACGCAGCCUGUGGUGGAGAGCCCCAGGCCCGAGGGGUUGCGUCUGCAGCGAGUGGAGGUGACCUGGCGAGGAUCCCACCCUGAGGCCCUGGAGGUGCAUGUGGACCCUGUAGGCCCCUUGGACAAGGUGAGGAAGGCCAAGAUCCGAGUCAAGACCAGCAGCAAGGCCAAGGUGGAGUCUGAAGAGAUCCAGGACAAUGACUUCCUCAGCUGCAUGUCCCGGCGUUCGGGGCUGCCUCGAUGGAUCCUGGCUUGCUGCCUUUUUCUCUCUGUGCUGGUGAUGCUGUGGCUGAGCUGUUCCACCCUGGUCACCGCGCCGGGCCAGCACCUCAAGUUCCAGCCCCUGACCCUGGAGCAGCACAAGGGUUUCAUGGUGGAGCCAGACUGGCCCCUAUAUCCGCCCCAGUCGCACCCCUGCGAGGACAGCCCACCACCUUACCAGCUGAAGUUGGAUCUCACCCAGCUGUAG